AUGGACUUGCCAUUCCACAAGCCCAUAUUAUUUCAUUCUAUAUACAUACUGAGUGAGGCACCGAGGCGUGAAGGUAGAGGUGUUUUGACUCCCGAGAGAGACAGAGAAAGAGUAAAGCAGUGGUGGUUCUUCGUUCACCUGCAAAGGGAAUUAUCGGAUAUUACGAUCCUGUGCUUGAUCGGAGCGUUCGUUCUUCUUCUCCAUCUAACUCCAAAAAGAUUGCGUUCCACGUCUAAGUCUAACUGGCCUGAUCCAGAAUACCUGGUUGCUGAACGCAGAAAGGAACGCAAGUACACAUCUAAACAACUUCAUGAUGCAGCAAGGCCAUAUGCAGCUGAGGCCUUGAGGCUCUAUAACAAAGAAGCAGGUACAAAAUAUGAGCUGGUGGAGCCUGGUUACAUGACAUCUGCGCUUCUUAGGACAUGCAUUCUUCACCAUAUCGACUUCACGGCUAAGAAAACUGACGUUGCUGAUGCUCCAGAGGAGAUGUUUUUCGCGGAACAGGCAACUACCAGAGAGGAUGUUCUGGAAGCUACCAGCGGGGAGGAUCGUGGAGAUUUCAAGACCGAGCAUGAAUGCCCGCCCAUCAAAGUCCCAGUCAUCUCGGACAGAACAAGUUGAAGAGAGAACAAAAAAAAAAAUGAAAAAAAAAAGGACUAUGUAUGAAAGUACCAGGAAAUUAAGCUUUUAGAAUAAUGAACAAGGUGGGGAUAUUCAUAUCCAACGGGCAGAAGGAAGAGUCAUACAAAUACUGAUUUUUAGGUUAGGUAAUAGUGUAGGUCCUUGUUUAUUUUCAGACGAAUCAGUAUGGAAAUUAUUAAGCU